CCACCGUCAUAUGAGGGGAGUGUGGUGAGAGCUGUGAGUCAGCUGGAGGAGACCAUCAGAAAAGACAUGAAGAAAGUGAGUGAAGCUGAACUGAAGAGGGUCCAGCAGUAUGCAGUGGAUGUGACUCUGGAUCCUGAUACAGCACAUCCUAAACUCAUCCUGUCUGAUGAUGGAAAACAAGUAAAACAUGGUGAUGAACGGAAGAAACAUGGUGGUGUGCUGAAGAUAUUCCCAGACAAACCAAAGAGAUAUUCAACUGGUGUUUGUGUUUUAGCAAAGCAGAGUUUCUCUGCAGGAAGAUUAUAUUUUGAGGUUCAGGUUAAAGGGAAGACUGACUGGGUUUUAGGAGUGGCCAGAGAGUCCAUCAACAGGAAAGGACAAAACAUAUUAAAACCUCAGGAUGGUUACUGGACAAUAUGGUUGAGGAAUGAGAAUGAGUACAAAGCUCUUUCUGACCCUCCAGUCCGUCUCUCUGUGAGGUCUCAGCCUGAGAAGGUCGGGGUGUUUGUGGAUUAUGAGGAGGGUCUGAUCUCCUUUUAUGAUGUUGAUGCUGCAGAUCUUUACUCCUUUACUGGCUGCUCCUUCACUCAGAAAAUCUACCCAUUUUUUAGUCCUCAUCUGCAUUAUUGUGGUAAAAUCUCCACCCCUCUGGUCAUCUGUCCUGUCAAUCACACUGAAUAA